ACAAGGUCAGACGGAGGUAGCUGAAGGGAGAAAGGGAACAGAGCGUGUAAGGAUGUCUGGAUUGGAUCAACAUCAUUUCCUAAUGAAAAAUGUCAUUUUUUGCUAUUUCCAAAACCACACUUUUGGGGGUGAGGGGUGUCUGUGCUGACUCAUGCUGCGUCUCCCACCACACAGCACACAAUGUCCCAGUAGGUUAAAAAGCACCUGGUUUCACUGGGUGAUGGAAUGAAACAAGCGAGAGGCAUUUGGCUUUCUGCUGCCCAGCGUUUCCCACACCUCGAGCAGCAAGCCCUCAAACCCUCUUCGUUGCCAAGACAACCCUGAAGAAAUACGAAAUCCCGAACAAUACCCCGCACCCGGGAAGCCUCGUAUCCCGGAGUGCACGCGUUCCCUUCGAAUGUCAGGAGAAACACUGCCCUCCGCAUCAACCCAGGAAGAGAAAAUCCGUUCAAGAGAGACUCUUCUUCAUAAAGCAGAAAUAUGGCAACAAAGGAAAAGCUUCAGUGCUUGAAAGAUUUCCACAAGGAUAUCCUCAAACCCUCCCCUGGCAAGAGCCCGGGGACACGGCCUGAGGAUGAGGCAGAAGGAAAGCCACCCCAGCGGGAGAAGUGGGCAAGCAAGAUCGACUUCCUGCUGUCCGUGGCUGGGGGCUUCAUUGGCUUAGGCAAUGUCUGGCGGUUCCCGUAUCUCUGCUACAAAAACGGCGGAGGUGCAUUUCUUAUACCUUAUUUCAUUUUCCUGUUUGGGGGAGGUCUUCCCGUGUUCUUCCUGGAGGUGGUGCUAGGACAGUAUACCUCUGAAGGUGGAAUCACAUGCUGGGAAAAGAUCUCUCCUAUUUUCACUGGAAUUGGUUAUGCUUCCAUAGUGAUUGUGUCCCUUCUGAACGUGUACUACAUCGUGAUCCUGGCCUGGGGACUCUACUACCUGUUCCAGUCGUUCCAGAGCGUCCUGCCAUGGGCACACUGCCACCAGAAGUGGAACACACCAACCUGCGUGGAAGACACUCUCAGGAAGAACAAGACGCUCUGGAUAUCACUGAAUGCCACUAACUUCACCUCUCCUGUCACGGAGUUUUGGGAGCGCAACGUACUGAGCUUGUCCUCGGGAAUUGAAGAUAUUGGUAUUAUCAAGUGGGAUCUAGCCCUGUGUCUUCUCCUUGUCUGGGUGAUAUGUUUCUUCUGCAUUUGGAAAGGAGUCAAAUCCACUGGGAAAGUGGUGUACAUCACUGCCACGUUCCCAUUCAUCAUGCUCCUUGUUCUACUCAUCCGUGGUGUGACCUUGCCUGGAGCUGCAGAAGGCAUCAAGUUUUAUCUUUACCCUGAUAUCUCACGGUUAGCUGACCCACAGGUCUGGAUAGAUGCAGGGACACAAAUCUUCUUCUCAUAUGCAAUCUGCUUAGGAGCAAUGACUUCCCUGGGGAGCUACAACAAAUACAAAUACAACUGCUAUAGGGACUGUUUGCUGCUGGGAUGCCUGAACAGUGGUACCAGUUUUGUGUCUGGCUUCGCAAUUUUUUCCGUCCUGGGCUUCAUGGCACAAGAGCAAGGGGUGAACAUUGCUGAUGUGGCAGAGUCAGGUCCAGGCCUGGCCUUCAUUGCCUACCCAAAAGCUGUGUCCAUGAUGCCGCUGCCCACCUUUUGGGCAAUCCUUUUUUUUAUUAUGCUUCUGUUGCUUGGACUGGAUAGCCAGUUUGUUGAAGUUGAAGGACAGAUCACGUCAUUAGUUGAUCUGCACCCAUCCUUCCUAAGGAAGGGUUACCGACGGGAAAUCUUCAUCGCUAUAGUAUGUUUCCUUAGCUAUCUUCUGGGACUAACUAUGGUGACUGAGGGUGGCAUGUAUGUUUUUCAACUCUUUGACUACUAUGCAGCUAGUGGUGUAUGCCUUUUGUGGGUUGCAUUCUUUGAAUGUAUUGCUGUAGCCUGGGUUUAUGGCGCUGAUAAUAUUUAUGAUGCCAUUGAGGACAUGAUUGGAUACAGACCUGGUCCCUGGAUGAAAUGGAGCUGGAUUGUGAUCACACCAGUUCUUUGUGUGGGGUGCUUUGUCUUUUCUUUGGCCAAGUACAAACCACUGACCUACAACAAGGUCUACACAUACCCAGACUGGGCAAUUGGCCUGGGCUGGGUUCUUGCCCUUUCCUCCAUGAUCUGCAUCCCUAUGGUGAUGGUCAUCCGCAUCAUACAGUCAGACGGGUCGCUCAUUGAGAGGAUAAAAGCAGUGGCUGCCCCCAAGGAGGUGAAUCGGUGGUCCAAAGAAACAGAGAGUGCCACCUCAUUCUGCCCCAAUGGAACUUCGAAUGGCGGAUUGAUCAAGCCAACUCAUAUCAUUGUGGAAACCAUGAUGUGAGCUCUCUCUGUGAGAGGAGAAACCUGCUUUAACUGCCGUUUACUAACCAUAGAUUCUUAUAGGACCAGGUUUACAGAGCUUUAUAUUUGCACUAGGAUUUAUUUUUAUUUCUCACAGAGAAAGUUAUUUUUUGUGUGUGGUUUUUUUUUAAUAUUUUGUAAGGUAAUCACAGCAGAUGCCUCUCUGUAGAGGGAGAGCUUUCAUAUCAGACUAGACAUAUUACAGGAAUUUACUAGUAUUGGGUUUUUUUAAAUAUAUAUAUCUUUAUCUCGAAAUAUUAUACACCUUACCACUUGAAUUGAUUGUCUUGCCAGCAAUACAUUCAAGUCUCAGAAAGCAAUUUUAGGUGCUGGUAUGGUUGGGAGCAGGGUAACCUACAGAACACACAAAAGGAGCUCUGUUGAGAGAUGUGCUUAAACAAUGUUUGUUUUCAGAGAAUUUGCAAAGGUGUAGUAUUGCCACCCUCUGGUUCAAUUGUGGUAAACGACAGGCUUCAGGGCCACGUUAGGGAAGGGGUGCAGUUACGUUUAGCACAGUCCCUGAGUAAAGAUAGAGCCGGGCAACUGGAACAGAGAGUUUGCAAGGCAGAGAAGUUGGGGGGUGAAACGCCUUAGCGCUGUCCCGUCCAAGCACGGCGUUGGGACCCCGUCACACAGACAAGAGGAGGACUUUAGGAAGGCAUUUUCAGGAUUUGGCGUGGUUCACUAUUUUAUUUUAUUUUCAUUUUUUUUUAGGUUUUGGGUUUUUGUUUUACUUAAGUGAAAUGCCUGCAGUUUGUGUGUGAGUGGGGAGGUUGCUCCUGAUGCUAUAUGCUCAGAGGUGUUUGCUCCUGAGUUCUCCAUUUAAGCAUGUUUUAGUGUGGUGGCACAGGUGUAAACCUGAAUUCUGCAAACCAGGAGGCAGCAGGGGCAAGAGGAAACACAGCACCUGCCCUCUGGGUGCUUCAGAUGUUCCUUUGCUCAUGUGGACUUUGGUUUUGGGCAGGAAAAGAAAAGAAUCCCUUCUGGACUCUGACUGUCCAAAGGUGAACACAAACCAGGUCAAACCCAAGGGGAGGAACAAAACCGCUCACAUACACCUGGUGUAACCAGUAACAGAGUUGUUAAUAAUAAUAGUAAUGAAGAUAAUAAUAUCACUCAGCAAACAGGUGCUUUUAAUCCGUGUAUCUCAAAAAUGCCGAGUUUGGGAACCAGGAUUUGCUUUAUUUAUAUGGGGUGGGUUGUUACUGUUGGGGGAAUAGACAAAAGGACUAAGUCCCUUGUCCUAUGUUACUAAAUAGCAGCAGUGGACCUAGGGCCCCCAGAAUCCUUGCCCAUCAUUGUGUUAAACCAUGAUUUGUAUGAUAUUUUUUUGGGGGGAGGGGGUGGUGGACAUAUUUAUGAGAUUUAUGAAUCUUAUCUGCUGAAUAAACAGGGCUUUCAGGGUUUUAUGUCAAAGCAAAGGGAACAUAUAACACUGAAAUAUUGUGUCUUUGGUCAGAAGGAAUUAUGUACUGUUCCAGGUUAGACUGGGGAGGGAAGAGAAACCACUACAAGGAGUAUAAGAAUGGGGGUUCUGCUUCAUGUGGAAGCAGGUAGAUGUUUCCAGGGGGAAUUACUCCAUGAAGAAUGGCCAAAAUGUGGGCAAAAGCCUUUUUUGGGGUUAGUUGGGGGGGGGGGGGGGGGGGGGGUUGGGGUUUUUUUUUAUUUACACUUGAUCAGGUUGUGCUGGGAACAGGUUCUCUGGCGAAACUCAGCCUUUUCUUGUGGGCAUUCUCAAUAGAGGGAGAGGCGGUUUUUUUCUUCUUACAAUACCACAGUUAGGCUCUCCAAAGGUAUUUAAAGGAACUGCUUGAGAAAAGCAGAGUUUGUGUCUGCUUAUUCUGCUGUCAGCUUAGUCUGUCGGGACAGAGUUUGUCAUUUAACCAGAACAUAUCCAGUUCUUCACAUUCCUACACAGCAAUUUCAUUCAUUUUUUCUUGUCCCAUGGGCUAACCAGCUGCAGCAGCACAAACACUCAUUGAUGAGCUUGUUGGCUUUCUUUUAUCAGAAAAAGGGUGAUUUAAAACUAAGAGAUGGACCAAAAUAAUUUAAAAACAAAAGUGGCUGCAUCUAUACCUUUCAAACCCUUGCUACUUUGAAUUUGUACACAUUUUUCCAUCCGGUAGCUGAGUUGCAGCAACAGAUCCAGCCACAGCAGAACUGCUUUUGGUUUCUUUUUCUGGUUGUUGUAUGAUGAGCAUUAUAAAUGAAACUAUUCCAUAGCUGGAGAUGGCAAACAUCUCAUGGAAUCUGCCAUGAGCCAUCUGAAAGUCACUGGGGGAAUUCUGUGAGAUAGUGGGUGCCAUUUUGUGCCCAAAAUAAAGCAUACAACAUGCAUACAGGUAAUUUGGGGUGGGUUUUAAUAGCCUUAAACCAUCAAAGGCAAGGAAAUGUAAUCAAAGAUAAUUCUCUUAGUGGGCUUCAGCUUGGACCCUCAUUUUUGAGUUACAGUUAGUGUCUGCGGUAAAUGGGCACACUUGCCUGGGUGAAGAGGGAGUAGCAGGUUAAGGGGGUCUAAAUUAAUGGUUUCUGUGAGUGCAGAUGAAACACUGAUGCUUGAUUUUUAUUCUUAUUUUAUAUAUACAUUGUCAUAGAGCUGCUUUUGAGGUACAGUUUGCACAUCACUUUCAUGCUAUAGAGCUGAGAUGAGCUUUAGUUUGGAAAAGAAAAUGGUUUGGCUACGUCUAAGACAUUGCCAUCAAGUCAGCUGGUGUUUGGUCGUUUCCACAUUGUGGAGAGUGUCUUUGCUCAAAAGAACCAGAGGGCUAAUACUAUACCUUUCAAAGUACAACUACUAGAGAACUAGAACCCAGCCCCCUUUGGGUAUGAACUGUGCCAUUCAAAUCAGUCGCUUCCAUGUACCAAAAGUGAAAAACGUCUUGCACGGAUGCACCAACCUCAUUGAAGCAUUCUCUGUGUCACCUUCUCCAGCCCUGUUGUGCUCUUUAGCAUGCAAAGGAGGGCUGGGACUCACAAAGAGCUAGGAAAUGUGGUUUCUGGAAAACGGCUCCCUCUCCCCUCUUCCCUCCAAAAAUAAUAUAGUUAAUUCUAAUGUUUUCUCUGGGGGUUGAGUUCCAAUGAGCACACUCACAUUUUUACAGUUUUGGUGGUUUUCCUAACACUUUGAUCAGAUUUCUGAACUUUUCUUGGUGAUAAAUUUGCAUUUCAACGUGAUCCACUGCCAACUUUAUUAAAAAACACUUUUUUAAAAAGUCUGUGUUUUCUACCUAUUUCUGACUGCAAAGAACACUGAUUUCCCCCCCAAUUUACUUGUAUAAACACUUGUGACAUAUUUUACCUGUUUUCUGUAAAUGAGGAACUCUAUACUAAAAUGUCAUGACUAGUCAUAGAUGAACUGGUUUGGAGCCAGGGACUUAAUGCACCUUUGGCAUGAGAUCUUUAGAACCAGAUCUCCGAGUUUAAAACCAGAAUAAACCAAGAGAAAACCUCACACCUUUUCAUAUUUCAUGUACCUUUGUAUUCAUGGGUUCUUCUGGGCUUGAAAACAGCAGUUUCAGCAGUGUUUAUUUCCACUGCACUAAAAUCCAGAGAUAGUAGAAAUGUAAAGGGGAAUGUCUAUCCCACAGGAUUCUCCAACCUGUUUCUUACUUUUCUCAAUUCUCCAAACUUUUUCAGUUCACCUAUCACUAGUUAUGAUCUCACUGAAUGAGCAUCUAUUGUAAGGGACUUUACCAGUAGUCUGUAUUUCGUUAUUUAAGCAGUAUGGUUUCAUAAAUAGAACUGUUUUUUAUUGUUGUUACUGUUCUCGUUUCCCUCCUCAUCCAUAGCUUUCCUUUUCAUCUGGUCCAAACAGAUCCGCACACUUAGAUAAGUCCUCUUUAAAGUGUGAGAUAGUAGGUCCACAAUGGAUUUGUUCUUGUGUUGUAAAUGAAAAUACAAAAGCCUAGCAGCUGUAUCGGCCAUCUAGAACAACACUGGUGGUCACCCUGCAGCAGCAACACAGCUCCCGGAGGGAUGUUGGGAAUGGUCUGCUGAAGAGGCUCAGCAAAACUGAUUUUCGCUGCUGUUCUUGUGGAGAGGAGAUAAAGAGGAAAGAGGGGAAAAAAUAAGGAUGCAGCCUUACAGUUGCUGUAACACAAAAAAAACCCCAACAACCAUCAGCAGAACCUUUAAUGUCACCGUCAGGAUAGCGUCUUCUGCAGCAAUUUUCAGUCCUGUGUGCAUCCUCCUUUCUCAACUGCAGAUACUCCUGGUUCCUCUUCUCUGUCUCAGCGUUGAGUAGAUCUGAAGACACAUGGACAUUUCCAUUCAAUAGGCCUUUUACAAGUCUCCUCUUUUAGUCUAUUCUGUUUUUAUUUGCUCAGGAGACAUAGAGUUUCAUUGAGGUCAUGCUUGUCACACUUGAGUUCAAAGCUCCCGCGUGUUGCAUCAGUGGCAAACCUCCAUCCGUGGGAGAAGGAUCUGAACGUUUUUGACUAACUGAUGAAUUGCUUCCACUUCUUGUGGUCACUGCAGGAUCACUCAUGGAGGCUUAAUGUAUAUAAAAUGUUAAAUAAGCUGUGCAUUGAAUGGAGUGGACAAGUUAGUUCAGCAGCUCAAGUACACUUGGAAGAAAGAUGACCCUGACAUCGUUUCCAAGGAGAUUCAAUGGAAGUUGCUCACUUUCAGUAAAAAGAAAAUAAAUCUGUGGUUGAUGAACUCUUCCACCCUCGUAUGCAUGCACACAAGUGGGGAUACUGCUGCUAUUCCUAGGCUACAGAUCGUGUAAGUAUUGCAGAGCUGUUUAGGAUGAGAAUUGAGAAGGUUUAGGCACCACUUACUUGCCUGCAAAGAGCCAACCUGCCAGGGUGUCCAAAUGGCCUCUCCUAAAUUGGAGGUUGUGGAAGAGGGAAAGAAGUGACAAAAUCCUGGACCAUGGCCCCUCCAAGGAAGCCUUAAGGCUGCACUUGAAAAUGUUCCUGGCUCCUUGUAGGUGCCACAUGGCUCCAGGUGUGGGAGGUUGGGUGUAGCACAGGAUCAGGCAGCUGCCCUGGACUUGUUUUCUCCAAACUCAGCAUCCAAAGCCUUGUGGUUAGGGUUGACAUGUAGUUGUGUAUUUGUAUAUUUGCAUGAGUAAAGGUCAGGACCUGUCAGACUCCAGUAGCUUGUUUUAUUUCCUGUAGUCAAAAAUAAGCUUAAGAAAGCAAGCAUUCAGGCGAUUUUGACACCUAAAACCCCCCAUUAACUAGUGCAAAAGAGCCCCCCUGAGCUCCAUACUUCGGUCACAAAGAUUAUUGAUUGGUAUCAAUGGUCAAUUUGAGUUUAUGGGAAAGUUUGCUCAGGAAAGACUUGAGCAUAACCAGCACCAGCUGGGAAACUGCCUAUUCCAGCCCUGCAUCCCCACUGGAUCAUGGCUCUUUUCUGGCAGCCCAAAAUAAACCUGUACAUGGACAAUGCUUCUCCACUAAAAAGAAAAAAAAACUAAUAAUAAUUUAAAAGCUCAAUUUCUGUUAAAAAAUAAACAGAAAAGGUAUUUUUUUUUAUGUGGUGUUUUUUUCCCCCAGUUGUCAGUGUGAAUUAGUGAUUUAAAUUUAUCCAUGUCCUAAAACAAGAGCACAAAAAGCUUCAGAGACCAUUUGACAACAAAAAAAAAAAAGAGACAAGCUCAACAUUUUGCAGGUUGAAAACACUAAUUAAUAAAACAAAUCAUCACCCCAUUCACUAUCUCUGUCAGAGGUGGAAAACUUCAGUGAUGGGGUCUGCAACUGGAAAAGAGCCUGACCCUGCUGGUGUUGAAUGGCAGAGCCUUUUUGUGUCACUGCUGUGGCUAAUUUGAAAUAAUUAGUGAAGUGUCAGAAUUUAAUCACCAGCAGCUUUACAGCUUUAGGAGUAAAAUAAAGACAAUUGAAAAUGGGGCCAUUUUUUUUUUUUUGGAGGCUUCCUCCCCAUGGUUUGGCUCUGGGCUGCAUGGUGG